AUGGCGUCCUCGCUAUUGAAGGUCAAUGGUGGGGUUUCGGGACUUGUCAAACUGUCACAGAAAGUACCAUGUGCGGUAGCUCUCAAUAAUCGCAGAUGGAGGUCUGCGAAGGCUCUCACUUAUGAACAGGCUGUACUGAAUAUUCCAGAAACAAAAGUGACAACUUUGAACAAUGGAAUCAGAGUGGCUACUGAAAAUACAGGAAUAAUUACAAGCACAGUUGGUCUGUGGAUUGAUGCUGGUAGCAGGUAUGAGAAUGCUCGCAACAAUGGUGUGGCUCACUUUGCAGAACACUUGCUCUACAAGGGUACCAAGAAGAGGAGCCAGACUGACUUAGAACUAGAGAUUGAAAAUUUGGGAGCCCAUCUCAGUUCCUAUACAACCAGAGAACAGACAGCCUUCUAUGCUAAGUGUUUCCAGAAGGAUCUUCCAAAAGCUUUGGAAAUAUUGGCUGAUAUUACACAGAACAGCCGGUUUGCGGAAGAAGAUGUAGAAAAAGAGAGAGGUGUGAUUCUUCGAGAGCUGCAGGAGGCAGAGACCAAUCUGCAAGAAGUUGUUUUUGAUCAUCUCCAUGCCAUAGCAUAUCAAGGAACUCCCCUUGGGCAGACCACCUUUGGUCCAUCUGAAAACAUAAAAUCCCUGCAACGAAAUGACCUAAUAGAAUAUGUUGGCAACAACUUCAAGCCUCCGCGUAUUGUUAUAGCUGCCGCUGGAGGAGUCAAUCAUGAUGAGUUGGUCAGGUUAGCAGAGCAGCACUUUGGAAGAAUCGGUGCUGGCUACGAAGGAGAGGUUCCUAUCUUGCAACAGGCUCGGUUUACUGGCAGUGAGCUGAGGGUAAGAGAUGACUUCAUGCCCCUGGCUCAUGUGGCAGUUGCUGUAGAGGGUUGCGGUUGGCAAGACCCUGAUAGCCUGGCACUGCUGUUAGCCAGCACGCUGGUUGGAAGCUGGGACAGAAGUCAUGGAGGAGGUGCCAACCUGUCCAACCAGCUGGCCCAGCACACCGUCAAGUUAAACUUGGCUCAUAGCUAUCAGUCCUUCAACACAAGCUACACCGACACUGGUCUUUGGGGCGUCUACUUUGUGACUGACAGACUGCAUAUUGAUGACUUCAUUUACAAUGUACAGCAUGAAUGGAUGAGACUGUGUGGUGGAGUCAAGGAGUCCGAGGUUGAAAGAGCCAGGAACCAGCUGAUAACAAGUUUACUCCAGCACCUUGAAGGAACCACCCCUGUCUGUGAUGAUAUUGGCAGACAAAUAUUGAACUACGGUCGAAGGAUCCCACUGGAUGAGUUGGAACUUAGAUUAAAUGCGAUCAACUCAACCACUUUGAGAGAUGUUUGCAUGAAGUACAUCUAUGACAAGUGCCCAGCCGUUGUUGGAGUUGGCCCUGUGGAAGGUCUUACAGACUACAACAGGCUGCGUGCAGGCAUGUACUGGCUGAGGACAUAG